GAAAGAAAGUAAAGAGAAAACGAAAAGCUGCUAAGUUGUACGAGAACAGAUGCAUCAUCUAUAUCCAUCGCUGAAAGGCGAUCAGCUCUGCCCCCUCGGCUUUCAUCCACAGACUCGGUAUCCAACGCGAUGUAAGCGCUGUUUCCGGGACUACAAGGAGCAUGGAGCGCGGAGGGCCGGCGAAGAAGUGGCCGCUUCCUCGCCCAAUUUAUCCGAUGCCCAGAAUUCGCGACCCAGUUCCCGCACGUGGACAUCAACGCAGAAUCUUACCAGCGCGAAUGUAACCAACGGCAAUGAUAUAGAGCUGAGGAAGCGUCCGCAGUCCUGGGCCUCCACGCCGGAUAUCGACGAGCCGGACGAUGCCGGGCGCCGUCCACAGACAGCAGUCACUAGCCGAGCAACCGUAGCCGAGGAUCACGAUGUAGCUGUCACGGUCAAGCUGCCGGUUCCGCCGCGGCGCCACACAACUGCCUUGGACAUUAAGGAGGUGGAACACUCUCUAACACCGUCAACCCGUGUUACAUCCUCACCCAGUAAAACUUCAAGUAUUCCAGACGAGUUAGUCAUCCUGUCGACAGACAGUUUAGCCGAGCGUGUCCGAAAAAUGAAUCUCCUCAAGAAGCAACGCAGUCUGAACUCCAGAGAAAACAGUCGCGAGCGAUCCGUUCCGCGGAGAGAUGAGGAAACCGAGUCUACAGCAUCCACCGCGCCAGCGGUUCCUGAUCGACCUGAGCGCAGUAAGUCGGGAACUUCGUUGAACCUGGCUUCACAAGGUGAGCUGAAACGCGCCGCGCUGCCACCGAAAAAAGUGGCAGUGGCUGCAGCCACGACGACGACAGCGGCCAGCAGCAGUGGAACCACUAGUCUAAAGUCCUCCACUUCCGGUACCGGCGAAGUGAAGGCCGUUUCAUCAUCAAGUUCCAGUUCGGUACGUCGGAAGGAAGCGGAUGCUGUCGUGACCAGCAAGGAAAUUAAAAGACAAACCGUACCCGCUGCAUCACCAUCCCACACCUCCUCAAACCACACAACCGCCCCAAGUACUUCAGCCAAGACCCAGGAUACCCUGGCCAUGCAGGAACAAAUGAAAUUGCUGCGAACGGAGUUGGAGGCGAUGAAGGUACGGGCGGAGAGAGCAGAGCGAGACAAAAGCGAUAUCCUGCUGCGGCGCCUGGCCUCCUUGGACACCACCACCAAUCGAACAGCUGCAUCUGAGGCUCUUAAUCUGCAGCAAAAGCUAAACGAAAUGAAGGAGCAGCUGGACCGAGUCAGCGAUGACAAGCGCAAGCUGAACCUUCGGAUGAAGGAGCUGGAGAACAAGGGCAGCGAGUCCGAGCUCAGGCGGAAGCUGCAGGCCGCCGAACAGAUUUGCGAAGAACUGAUGGAGGAGAACCAGUCUGCCAAGCGGGAGAUACUCAAUCUGCAGGCCGAGAUGGAUGAAGUGCAAGACACGUUCCGUGAUGACGAGGUCAAGGCAAAGACCAGUCUGCAGAAGGACCUCGAGAAGGCCACAAAGAACUGUCGAAUCCUCAGUUUUAAGCUAAAGAAGAGUGACCGCAAGAUUGAAACGCUUGAACAGGAGCGCCAGAGCUCCUUCAACGCCGAACUAAGUGCAAAGGUAAAAAAAUUGGAGGAGGAGCUGCGAUUCUCCAGUGAACUCACCAGGAAGCUGCAGGCUGAAGCCGAAGAGUUGCGAAACCCUGGCAAAAAGAAGACUCCCAUGCUGGGAGCUCUGGGCAAGUCGACCUCGGCAGAUGCCAAGAUCACCAGGGAGUCCCUCACACGCGGCGGCUCGCAAGAGGAUCCGCAGCACUUGCAGCGCGAGCUGCAGGACUCCAUUGAGCGGGAGACGGACUUAAAGGACCAAUUAAAAUUCGCCGAAGAGGAGGCUGAACACUUGAAAAAGGUGACUCGUUUCGAGGAUGAAAAUGAGUCGUUGAUGAUGCAGUUGAAAAAAAUGGCAACGCGCUCAAGAAGUCGGAAGCUGAGUCCCACUCCGCACCCACACCGCCUCGCACCCGAGGUCCAGGCCGAUCGCGACGAGGGAAUCUCCGACGAGGAUGACCCUGCUGAGCUGAGGAUUUUGCUGGAGCUGAACGAGCAAGAGGCCUCCAUACUGCGCUUAAAGGUGGAGGAUCUGGAGAAGGAGAAUGCCGAGUCCAAGAAGUAUGUCCGUGAACUUCAAACUAAGCUGCGACAGGACACUUCCAGUGGGAGCAAAAGUUCUCUGAUCAGUUUCGGAACAUCCUCGAGUGCGGCCGAAAAGAAAUUAAAAACCCUCAACGAUGAACUCAACCUGCUUCGCAAGACGCUGCAGGAGAAGGAGCAGGCGGCGGAGUCCCUCAAGGACCAACUCGGCAGAUUGAGCACACUCGAAACCGAGAACGACAAGUUGACCAAAGAGAAUAAGCGCCUUCUAGCACUGCGCAAAGCCAGCGAAAAGAACGGCGAGGUGGACUCAAAGAUAAAGGAGUCUCUGGCGGUGGCCCAGCGAGAGAGGGAUGAGCUGACUGCCCGUCUCAAGCGGAUGCAGUUAGAAGCGGAUGCCAAACUGCCAGCUCGCACCGCCAAAAGGGUCAACGAUCUGACACCCAAGAGUCAUCUCAAGAAAUGGGUCGAAGAGCUGGAGGACGAGAUCAGCGAGAUGCGCGUAAUGCUCAGCUCCACUGGAACCGACCAGCUGAAGGCCCUCCAAACGGCCAAGGGCAGUCUUGAGGAGGAGGUGCAGAAAUAUAAACAGAAACUGGCCCUGGCCGAGGGCGACGUUCAGCGAUUGAAACUUCUUAAUGGCACCAGCAGCAAGGUCAACGAGCUGGAACAAAAGCUCAAGCGAAGCGAUGAGGACGCCAAGAAGUUAAACUCAAAGCUCAAAGAUUUGGAGGAGAAGCUUAAAAAACAGGACGCUCAAUUGAAGCAGACCGAGGUGAACAAGUCCAGUUUGGAGACGCAGAGCAAGCGGGAGAAGGAGAAGCUAUCGGGCCUGGAGAAGGACAUGGAAAAGCUAGGCAAGGAGAAGGAGAAGCUAGAGGCCAAGAUCACCCAACUGGACGCUGAUUUACUCAGUGCCAAGAAGGCAGCCGAAAAGAGCAAGUCCAGCUUGGAGAAGGAGAUUAAGGAUCUCAAGGCUAAGGCCAGCAAGUCGGACAGCAAGCAGGUGCAGGAUCUUAAGAAGCAAGUGGAGGAGGUCCAAUCCUCCCUAAGCUCAGAGCAAAAGCGAUACGAGGACCUCAACAAUCUGUGGGAAAAACUCUCCGAGGAAACUAUCCUGAUGCGGGCUCAGCUCACGACCGAGAAGCAGAGCCUCCAGGCCGAGCUGAACGCCAACAGGCAGAAGAUUUCCGAGAUGGACACCAUCCGAAUCGAGCGCACCGACAUGGCUCGCAAAUUAAACGAAGCCCAGAAGAAGAUCGCCGACCUGCAGGCCAAGGCCCUCAAGACCUCUAAUGGCAAUGGCGGCGAGUACGAGCGCACGGUUCUGAAGAAUAAGCUGUCGGAGAAGGAGCACGAGUACGAGCGGCUGCGUCGAGAGAAUGAGAUGAACAUCGACCUGGUCUUCCAGCUCCGUAAGGAUAACGACGAUCUCAACGGCAAAUUGAGUGAUUACAACCGGAUCGAGCAGGCGCAGCUAUCGUUGAACGGCCAUGGAGCGAGACGAGAUGCGGAGAUCAGAGAGCUCAAAGAACAAUUGCAAAACACAGAGUUGCAGAUGAAGUCCGAGGUAGCCACCACUCGACUGCGGUACGAGCAGCAAGUGAAGAACCUCAGCGGAGAACUGAAUUCAAUGCAGCGCCAAUGUGAACGCUUCAAGAAGGAUCGCGACGCUUUCAAGCAAAUGCUGGAAGUGGCUCAGAAGAAGAUCGGGGAUCUAAAGGCCAACAACACGGGCAGACAAAGUCGCGGCUCCAUGCACAGUAGCGAUGACGAUGACAAAAGCAAGAUCGCCUACUUAGAACAGCAGAUUGGUCAUCUGGAGGAUCAGUUGGUCGAGUCCCGGUUAGAGUCCAGCAAGAUCAAGACCGAACUCGUCUCCGAGCGCAGUGCCAAUGAGAUCAAAAUCUCCGAGAUGCAAUCGAAGCUGAACGAGUUUGAAGAGGAACGCGUCAUCGGGUCGGGCAGCACAAAGUUGCCGGGUAUGAAGACCAAGUUGGAAUUGUCUUGGCAAAAGGAGCGGGAGGAUCAGCAGCGUCUGCUGCAAGAGACCUCCACCCUGGCUCGAGACUUACGCCAGACCCUCUUUGAAGUGGAACGCGAGCGGGACAAGGAGCGGUUGGAGUCCAAGCGAAAGCUGGACCAAAUCAAGCGAGCAACCGAGGAGGAAAUGGAAGAGGGACGCAAAAAGAUUGCCGAGCUUCAAUGCGAUCUUCUGGAGCUGCGUGAUGUCCAUGCUAAGCUGCGUACCUCCAAUGAAAAGUUAAGGCGUGAGCGAGAACGCUACGAAAAGGAACUGAUCAAGCGACGCAUGGAGGCGGAUGGAGGCGACCGCAAGGUGGGAGCUCUUUUGCAGACUGUCGACGAGCUGGUGAAAAUCGCACCCGAUCUUAAAAUGGUGGGCACCGGCGGAUCCGCCCGUGGUGGCUCUGGAUACGAUAAGAACUUGCGUCCCGAACAGCCUGAUGUGCGGCGCAGUCGAUCACCCUCGCCGACGCUCAGCAGCUCACAAAUCACCAGUGUCCUGGCGCGAUUGGCGGAGGCCUCCGAGGAGUUGCGAAAGUUCCAGAGGCUAAAUGAAGACGAACAAGAGCGGAGCCGGAUUCGGCGUGGCAACUUGCGACGAGCUGCCUCGCAGGAGAACGAUCACCACGGCAGUACUAGCUCCGUGGCCAGUGCAGCGGGCUCACAGCGCGGCGGGAACCGUGUGUCCCGAAAUUCGUCCAAUAAUGGCAGCCUAAUUCGAAAGAGUCUAUCGCUGGAUCACUCCAUACAGAGGGAUCAGAAUAUUUGGCGCCAGGACGAUGGCAGUGUGUCCUCAAUGCAAUCUAUUGACUCGGAGCUAGGCGGUCUGGUCCGAGACUCCAGCUUGGAUUCACGACUCGAUUCGCGUCUAUCUGGAGGAUCUACACAGAGCGAUAUACCCCGGGGACCUCGCAAAAAGAAAAAGGGCAUCAUGGGCAAGCUGCGCAGCCUGACGAAGAGCAGUCGCAAUUCCGAGAGUGAAAUAUCAAUUCAAGGAUCUGAUUCAGACAUCAGCGUUGCCAGUGACCUGAGGUCAAGCAAGAAGGAUCUGCGCGGCCGGCUUUCCGGGAUGUUCAAGCGUUCCGGCUCCAAUUCGCGCAGUGAGAGCAUGGAACGAGCUGGAUCCGAGCAGAGACCCGUGGCUGUUACAGUCGUGGGACAUCCGGAUGGACCACAGCCUCGCGAGCCGCCACCUGCCAAUUCCCUUACACCGAGACCCAUUCGUUCUAUCCCAAAACCACCCAGCGGCGGAGGAGUACCCACCACACCAACCACAAGACGACGCGUAGCCAAGUAGUCAUCAUCGAUUGAACAGUCUCAUAGGAUUCAUUCUAAUCUGUAGCUUUAGCCGUUCGUUUAUUCCUCACAAAUUGUACCCAUGGCAUGAUCACAUGACAUCAUCAUAUGUAUUUAUUGUUGCUUUCAAAUAUUUUACUACAUUUUUAAUUUAAAAGCUCUCUCAGCCGAAAUAAAGUCAUCUCUAUUUGAAGUAA